AGUUAAAAUCAUGGCACUGAAACAGAUUUCCAGCAACAAAUGCUUUGAAGGUUUCCAGAAGGUGUUUGAACAUGACAGUGCAGAACUAAAAUGCAAAAUGAAAUUUGGAAUCUACUUGCCUCCAAAAGCAGAAACUGGGAAGUGUCCUGUGCUAUAUUGGCUCUCUGGGUUGACCUGCACAGAACAGAAUUUUAUAACGAAAGCCGCGUUUCAACAAGCAGCAGCUGAGCACGGCCUUAUUGUGGUGGCACCAGACACGAGCCCACGUGGCUGCAAUAUUGAAGGAGAAGAUGAAAGCUGGGAUUUUGGCACCGGUGCUGGUUUUUAUGUGGAUGCCACUGAAGAUCCUUGGAAAACAAACUACAGGAUGUAUUCCUACAUAAAGGAUGAGCUGCCUAAACUAAUAAAUGCCAAUUUUCCAACUGACCCUGAACGCAUGUCUAUUUUUGGGCAUUCCAUGGGAGGUCAUGGAGCUCUUAUUCUUGCUCUGAAGAAUCCUGGGAAGUACAAAUCGGUGUCAGCAUUUGCUCCAAUCUGCAACCCAAUUCAGUGUCAGUGGGGGAAGAAAGCCCUUGGUGGAUAUCUGGGACCAGAUGCAAGCAAAUGGGAGGCAUAUGAUGCUACACAGCUUGUGAAGUCCUACUCAGGCCCUCGCCUUGACAUCUUGAUUGACCAAGGCAAGGAUGACCAGUUCCUGUCCGCGGGCCAGUUACUGCCUGAUAACUUCAUCGCUGCCUGCACCGAGCGGAAAGUCCCAGUAGUCUUCAGGCUGCAGCAGGGUUAUGAUCACAGCUAUUUUUUCAUUGCUUCAUUUAUUAAUGACCACAUCAAACACCAUGCAAAAUACCUCAAUGCUUGAAGCAUUUGGAUGUGAGUGCUGUCUGGCCAAUAUGAAUCAAGAGAUAGUGGUGACCUAAAGAAGUCAUUUGCUGAAAUAAUAUUUGUAUAAUGGAGCUCUUCUGAUUGUACUUCUAAGAAAAAUAAAAGUCCCACUUAAUUUGAUGUGUGUGCUUUAGAGUAAGUAUUGGGAAUGUUCAUGCAUGCUUCAAAAACUCUUGAUGCCAUGAAGUUACUCAUCUGAUGGCUUACAUUUUGACCCAAAAUGCAGCAGAUGUGACUUUCAGACCAUGAGUGUGGGUGUGGACGUGGCACCUGCAGACAGCUCCUAGUGCAACUGUGCAAAGACUGUAAUUAACAACAGUGUGGCCAUUCAGCUAAUUAAUUACUGGGGUUUACUUCAUAAAACAUCACUUUAAUGGUGAAGGAAGUUGUUAGUGGCACAGCUAAUCAAGCUCCUUAAUUAAUCUGAAGUGGUAGGUGUGUUUUUCCUUGGCCUGUGUAAAUACCUUCCAAGGACCAAGUCUGGUGGAGAAUGCAGACAAAGCCUGCUGUGCACAGUCGUUUACUGUCCUGUGCAUUAUCAAGCAGAUGAUCUGGAGU